AUGGACAAGCAUGAAAUGAGAAUGCCCCAAAACGUGCCAGAGAUAUCUGCUCAGGAAGAUAUCUCAUUGUCGCUGUCUAGUACUGAACAAAUGACGUCCGAGCCUCCAGGGCCUUCAUUUCUCCUGAUAAUGAAACUGAUUCUCAAGGGUAAUCGUAUGCCUCGCGAGGCACAAGAACAAGUUAACCUCCAAGGUCCUCGCGCUUUAGAAAAACCAUGCAUAUUGAUAUCACACCGCUCGCUAGACUGUUGUGAAACUCUGCAUGAUCUAGUUGACAUCGAUAAUCAUAAACCAGGCAGGGAAUCUGGAUCCCAGUCUCUGAAUUCCUUGGCGAUGAACUGA